GACUAAAGCAGAUCACACCGCAAGGAGGAGUAGGAUGGUUUUGGCAUAUUUGGGAGGACGCCAUGCUGGAUGGGUGGGGACUGUUGGACUGGGAUGGCAACCCAAAGUGGAAUUUCCAUCCGCGGACGGCGUGCUAG